AGUAGUUGUGUUACAACAACUGCCCACAGUGUCCAGGCGUUUUUUUAAAAACAUCCUCUCGUCUUUGUCAUAUAGUUUGUUUUUGUUGUGGAAAAUGUCAAACGCCGACCUUGUACGAGUAGGAAAGAACUUAUUAAAGAGCGCUGACACCGGAGAGAAUGUGGAGCUCCAGUCUCUGUGGCAGGACCAACCGGUGGUGGUGUUCUUCCUGCGCAGGUUUGGCUGCCAGGUGUGUCGCUGGAUGGCGGCUGAGAUCAGCAAGCUGGAGCCAGACCUGAGAGCCAGUGGUGUGGCACUCGUGGGUGUGGGACCCGAAGAAUUUGGCCUCCAGGAGUUCAAGGAUUUAGGAUUCUUUAAAGGAUCAAUUUAUGUUGAUGAGCAGAAGAAAUGCUAUAUGGAUUUCGGCUUCAAAAGGUACACUGCUUUGAGCGUAGUUCCUGCCGCACUGGGGAAGAAAGUACGAGACGUAGCUGCAAAGGCCAGUGCUAACGGCAUCAAGGGAAACUUCUCAGGUGAUCUACUCCAGAGUGGAGGCAUGAUCAUCGUAGCCAAAGGUGGUGAAAAGGUCUUGCUGCACUUCGUUCAAGACUCCCCAGGAGACUAUGUACCAUUGGAGGACAUUGCUAAAGCUUUGUCUAUCUCAUCUCAAGUGAAAGAGGGUCAGAAGCCAGUGUGCAAUGAUGAUGUUUGCACUCGGUGAGGACGUCGCCAAUCAAGCCUGAUUCUAAUGUACACAAAUAAUUCUAAUGCCUUGAUCAAGACUCAUGUGGACUGUUUUAUAUGACCAUUCCAUUGUCUUUUUCAUUAAUGUUAAUUCCCUGUAAUUCACAGGUUGUGUGGAAUUACUUAUAAGAAACUUCAAAAUUAAAGUCAUACUUGCUCAUUUGUUUUUGCUUUUGAUUUGUUAAAGUAAAAUAAUACAAUGAAUCAUUGCACAUUUGCAAUUCAUGGCCCCGCCAAUUUGCCAAUUUCUCCCAAAAAAUUAAGUAGGCCGUUUUUUGUCAUCUCAUUCAUUGUAAGUCGAGUAUAAUUAUAAGUACGCAAUAUUACCACCGUUAAAAAGACCACAAUUUUUACAUGUUCAUGUCUUUAUGCUUCACUGAUAAUGUUUGUUCGUCAAACUUUGAGAUUUCACACAUUGUUUGGUGGCCCUUGAACGCAUCAUAGUUUGCUUAGUUAUCAUAUGAUGGUAAGUCGUCACUAGAAUUACAACAGUCAAGCAGUGUGGAUAAUGUAGAUGUGGCUUGGAGCAAUCGACUUCUCUAGCCUGCUUCUAACACUAGCCUGACCACCGGGCUCAAGGCUACACUUCGACUCUUAAAUUGAUCUGUUCCUCGAUCAUCUUACAUUAUUAUUCAUUAGUGCUGAGUACCUAUACAGUUGUCCCUUGCCACUUUGUGGUUCAAAUUUUGCAGCUUCACUUUCACAGUUUUUCUAAAACAUAUUUAAUAAAUCAUGCUGUUUUGUGGUUGAAUAUGACCCGUUAUUAGUCAAAAAUAUGGAUAUUGAAGCAAAUGUUAUGUAUUUUUGCCUAAAUUGAGCAUUUUCAAGCAUAGAAAUGGUUAAAUGCACUACAAUACAAACGUAAGGCAUUCAGAAGACAACAUUCAAAGGCACUGUGAUGAUAUGUAGUAUGCUACACUGAUCACUAGGUGUCAGUAUUGGUACUGUAAUGUUGUGUGAGACACACACAGCAGAUUUGAUCGCUGGACCAAUAGGCUUUUAUUGCAGAUUUGAAUUAUCUCACAACCGGCACGGUAACCCUAAUAAAAACAGUGGCUACAGUUGCGGUGGUAACCCAUGCCAAGCUAAAAUUCAACUCUGAACCCCCGACAGCACUGUUUUUUUGUCCGCCAGGCAGCUUCCCUAGGGAACUCAUUUAUUUACUUAUUUCCUCUUUUUUUUUUUUUUAACUCUUGUACAUUACAUUAGGUAAUACGAGUGUAAACUUGACUAUGGGGUGUUACUUCAUGUCUAGCGGGCUGUAACAAUGUUAAAAAAUGUAUUUAGAAGGUCGUAAACAGCUUUUCUAUGUUCAAAUGUUCAUCAGUAAGGAAUCCUACUUUGUGACAAUUCACUUGUCACGUUCGGGUCUGAAACCAAUUAUGGUUUAUAGGCCUCCAUUUAACUUGAUGAAGAUUUUGCAAUUAGCACUCCAAGUACCUUGGAUCCUUCCUUGCUUCCUCAGAUCACGUGUUUUCUUGGCGAUUUCAGGAUUGCGCUUUGUCGUCAGAUGUUCAUUCAUGUAGACGUUUGUACCUUUCAGUUUAUUCCCUUGUUUCAGCAGUGCGGUCUUGAAUUUCCUGUUAGUGAACUUGACGAUGAUGACGGGUGUAGUGCUGUUCCUGCCAUGCAGUGGGAUGCAAGUAUCGAUGGUUUGGAUGUCUACGUCCACCUCCUUUGAUUGCAAAAAAAGUGACAACUUACUUUCCUGUAAUUCUUUGCUCUCCACUCUCAGACUUGGAACUUUGUCUGUCAACUCCUGGACCUUCUGCAUUAUGGAGCCAAUGUUUUGUUGCAUAUGAUCCAGCGUCUGUACCUUCUCAUCUAUAUGCUCCAGCCUCUCAGGUUUCAAUACAAAACCCGCACCUUCUUUCAUCACAGGUGUCUCUCACCAGUCCUUGUGACAACCGGAGAUAUCUCUUCACUUUGACUCCAAGAUAUUUUAAGAGACCGGCUUUGUGAGGAGCCGCUGAGUCAAAGCCGCGGCUGUUCAGUCCUCUGUCUAGUCCGAAGGCAGAGACACUCGUCUAGAGUUGUGAUCACAAGCUAUGGCCAGGAAUAUUAUCAAAAAGUUUUAAAAAAACAGUAGUAAAAAACUGAGCUCUUUCCAUGAGCGUCCUUUCUAUGCACCAGGAAGUGACAACCAAAAAGUUAACCGUGGUAAACGAGGGGUUAUUGUAUGCGUUUAAUCAGUGUGUGAGGCAUAUUUAGGGCUGAAACCUGGGUUGUGUCACAAAGGAACAGUGGUAAUUGAAGAGAGAACAGGAGUGUUAUGGAGCUGAAUCUAAUAUAAUAAUCAUGACAGUAACGUUUAUUGAAAAUGUUGAUCGGAAAUCUUAGGAGAACAUCAACAUCAAGCUUGCAGGAGGAAUUGGAGAGGGACGGAGCGAGCUGUGUGCCCAAAAUAGACAUUUUUUUGGGAGCAUCAAUUACUUUCACAUUUUCGCCAUUCGCAGGUGGUCUUGGAGCGUAAUCCAGGGUUUCCGCUACAUGUAAUUGAUCGUGGCAGUGCGCCACUACAAAAGCUGCCACACCUUCAAAAUUAGUUUUUUUUAAACUUGAAAUUUUAUGUAGUAUAUUGUAUGAAUGGAUAUAUAUAUGCUCCAUGGAUACACAUAUAGCUUAUUAUUUACGCACAUAUUGACAACAAUUAGUUUGAAAACAAUUUAAAAUAUCAUAAAAAUGUUUCACUGCACUUUAUUUUGAUAAGCUUGCACCGGAAUUGCCUUUCGGCCUUGCUGGCAGAUGCGCAUGUGACCAGAUAAGCGACACGUCUUGUGUUGACUUUCACUGUUUAUUAUCAGGAGAGUGAAUAAUAGCCCAUAAAAUGUGGAGUCAAUUGACGACAGCUUGUCACAUGCUAAGCCUAUCUAUGCCAGCGUGUGUGAUCGCUCACGUUUCAAUGUCAUUCCACUUUCUUCUUCCAGGCAUGCAUUCUUGUUUACGUGCGUGGCUGGCGAUAGCUAGCUACCUCGUUUUUGUCCCACUGGUGAGCUACCAUCACAGCUGGCGAGCUACGAUCAUCAUCACAACUUACUUUUUUGUUUGUGUUCACAUUAUUAACUGAAAACCUGAAUGAAAAGCAGGCUUGCGGGCGCCUCAUGUGGUUGUGGGGGGCUACCUGGUGCCCGCGGGCACUGUGUUGGUGACCCCUGGUGUACAGCUUUAGACAGUGACUUAAUUUAAAUGUUGCCAUUAACAGUUUUGCAAAGUUCUCAGUUCAUGUUCUGCUUGUUGUUUGAAAAAAGUUACGUUAAUAAAUACGUCUUUAAAAAUUGCUGUUUGUCAUAAAAAAAAAAUUGCAGAUGCAGCAGCGGCAUGACACAGUGGCGGCAGUCCGCCAUCCAAUGCAGCCCACCGCCACAGCUUCAAAACAUCCAAGGGGAAACCCUAUAAUCCCUUAUCAAUAUUGGAGAUCUACUGUGUAGGAUGUAAAAAAAAAAAUAAUAAAGCUUAGCUAUUCCAGCUAUCCCUUAAAUCUGCAACAAAAAUAUAUCAAACAUUUAAAAACAUGUGAUGCUGUCAUUUUACAUUAAACAGUUCCUGACUAAUAAUGAUGAAACAGCUGUAAAUGCUGACAUGAGGCAAAUUAAAAUGUCACUUUUAUUUUUCUUCCAAAUAAUUACAAAUAAAACCAGACAAAUGGUGUACAGUAUAAGUCAAGCCACCAAUGUUUAAAAUAAAAACACAUUCAGACGCGACUUUCUCUUUGUUGGCACAUUCACUUUAAUGGCUAUAAUUACAGGUUAGAAUCACAAAAAUAGUUAUAGAAAUUAACAUUCCUGCAGGAACAUUCCAUAAAACAUACUGUAUAGUGUAAAUACUUUUUAUUAUUAUACAUUUUUAAAUCUAGCAAAGCAACAAUGCAAUAUCAUAAAUAGAUAAAUGCCUUUAUAUAUUCUAUAGAUAGAUAGAUAGUGUGUUUAUAGCAAAAAAAAUACUUGGUAAUAAGAAUAACACGACAGUUUCAUCAUGUGAAUGUGACUUGAUGUAUCUACAUGUAAAUACUGCUGUAUAGAACAUCAAGCAUAUAUGAUGAUACAUUGUACUCUAUAGUAUAACACAUUCAGUUCUGCUUGCGAGACAUCCUGAAUAUGUUCAUUUUUUAAAAGCUCUCUGCAGCACAGCAGCAGCACUAAUCCCCCGCCCUGGCCACCAUCCCCCCUCUGCUUUGAUUCUCCGCUGCCAUUAAGUGGUAAUAAAGGUAGAAAAUAACAGUCCGAUCCCCAUUCUCGCUUGCUAGCUGGCCGUCUUGUACUUGACGGUCACGAGGCCUCAGCGACCUUCCAUGUCCAUUAGUGAUCACCAAUGUGAGCUUCAUCUGCCUUCGCUGGCUGAUCAGUCUAACCUUCACGUGUCAUUUGUUUGUUGAGUGUUAACUGUGUUGUGUUUUGGUCCUCAGCUUGUUGAAUUCAAAACACAUGUUAGCCUUGCGCCAGACCAAACCGAAAGCAACGUUUUUUGGGUUUUUUUUUUACAUCAUUACAAUUGUUGAGUCUACUAAAACAAUCUGAUAUACUUCAGCCCAAAGUGAAUAAAAUACACCCUAUGCCUAAUCCUGACAAAAACGAAACAAAGCGGCUUGAGUCGUACUAUUUUUCUAGUGUUUUUUACAUUUUAUUUGACUUUAUUUUUGGGAAUUAGUGAAAAUAAGACAAAGAAAAGGAUGGCCAUGAGACACAGUAGUAUCUCGCCGCUGGAAAGUGGUCCAAUUUGAGAGUUCAGCCAACAUUUCCCAUGAUGAAUAUGCCUCCUGUUCCCUCUCCUGCCUGUCCGGUGUCUUCAAAAGGUGAGUAGUUUUACUUAAUUUAGUUUUAUUGUACAGUGCUUAAUUUGGCUUUAUACUUUAUACUUUAUACUACGUUAAUGUUUUAUGAAGGUGAAAAUCUGACUCUGCAGCAAAUUCAUUCACUUUGUUUUAAUAGUAGAACAACGUCAAGGGUAGGAUUGGAGCUGCCACUGUAAAGCAAAAAAGGUAAGGUUCCCCGCAUGUUUUUAUCAGCAAAAUUAAACUUCUGUUUGCACAUACAUGAGAAUUAACAAUUCAUUAAAAUCUUACUUCUAGUUCCAUAAUCUCAAAACCUAAACAAUUUGUAAGUGAGACAGCUCCCGUUUGCGCUGUGAUGGUAAAUGUAUGUGAGCACAGUAAUCCCUUGUUUAUUUCAGUUAAUUGGUUCCAGCCCCGACCGUGAUAGUGAACUUCAAUUUUCAGUAGAUAUAAUCAGAGAAAAUAAGCCAUUCAGAGAAAAUAAGCUUUUUAGGCCAUAAAUAAGACUUGUGCUUGUGUAUGUUGCAAAAAAAUAUCGGGACAGGAAGUGACGGGGGUUCACAAUGGAGUUUUAUCUGGAUUACGGCCACAACAGUAGCCCUUGUUAUGAUGAUUAUUAUUAUUGUGCCUGUUGUGACGUAAUUUAAACCUGCAAUAAAAGCCUGUUAUUCUGGUGAUCAAGUCUUGUACUUGUCUCACCAAAUUAUUACUGACACCUAGUGACCAAUGCAGAAUAUUACAUUUACAAUUUUAAUGCGACUUCUUAAUUCCUUGUAUUUGUAUUUUUUUAGGCAGAAAAUACAUAACAUUUGCUUCUAUAUGCAUAUUUUUUGACUAAUAAUAGGCCAUAUUCAACCAUAAAACAGCAGGCUUUAUGAACUAAUGUAUGUUUGAAAACCAUGAUAUAGAGAAGCUGCAAAAUUGAAACCGCAAUGUGGCGAGGGAUUACUGUACUAAGAAACAGUCCUUACGAAAGCCAAAGUUGACAUAUUUGCUGAGUCUUUGUUAAAAGCUGCAGCUCGGUCUAAAUGUUAAUUUAAGAUUGAACAGUCUUAAAUCUCUCAGGUAAUUUGCUGCACAUAACAGUCACUGGACAAAGUCACUGAAUGGAACCAAUUCUCUUGUCACCACCUAUGUUUUCAUUAAUCCUGCAAGCACUUGCCGUGGUUCAUUCCGCGUGGGGCCAAAUGAAAACAUUCACAAGUAAAUCACAAAGAUCUCCACUAGAUAUCUGUAAGGAACAUUCUCAACUCGUAAUAUGCCAGAGUAUGUUUUCAAGGCUCGAAACGAAUCCAGGAUAUCACCCGUUGCUAAGUACAACAGCCAGUGCGAUAAUAAUCGCGGUCACGCCAAUUAAAAGAGUCCAAUCUUAAAGAGUCUCCUUUCGGCGUAAAAUGUUUACCAGACACGGCACUUCUGCUCAGGGUUCAUGGGACUGCCUUUUUUGCACUGGAAGGCUUCAGAGAAAGCUUCGAAAUUCUGGAGCGAACCAAGAACCCUAAAGACAAAGAACAGAACGUUGUUGGCGUGUGAGUUGCUCUUUGAAUAUUUGUGUACGAACUGACUCAAAACACAUUUCCGUGAUCAGCGAGUACAUGGUGUGUGUGUGUCCCUUACCUGUACUCUAAGGGGCUGUGGGAGUCAGUCUUGAUGGAUUGGCUGGCGUAUUCGGGCCGAUAAGCACCGCACCAAACCUGAAUGAGAAGAACUUUUAAGGCAGGCGUGUGUCCAAAAUGCUGUAUACAGUGGGAAACAUACUGUUUUAUGCUUAGAAAUCUUCAUAAUUCUGGCCAGACAUGUGGAACACACAAUGUAACUGUACCACACUAAUAUACAUGCAAAGCAAUACAAUUUCAUACUCAUUUAUAUCCUGCAAGGCAUUCGUCAACUGGAGGUUACCCAGGAUACCUUGCGGUUUAUAAGUUUGCAUAAAAUUCUAUUGUUUUGCAUGUAUACGAGUGAUUCUCCUGAAAGGGGUACCAGCAAAGCUGCCGUCACUUAGAGGGUCAUGAUGCACAGACAAUACUGUAGUGACUUGAAUAAACAGUGGAAACAAUACUUUCUUUGUGUCUGUUGUGGACAAAACAUGAUCAAAUGUCAAUUUCAGCGCAUUUGCUCAUCUGCACUGUACUUUGACUAAACUCCGACAAAACAAUACACCUCGUUAAUCGGAAAUAGCGUAGUCCACACACAAUUUAACUAAAAGUUAAUAGUCUUUAUGCAGAUGAGCUGACGUCCGCAUUGACAGGUGAACUUCAGAGUAUGUGUGUGUUGUUUCUCAAAUCUUUCGUCAACAAUUCAGACAAUAACGAAGAGUGACACUAAUUCAAAAUCAGAAAUAUGGCGGAAUGUCCAUGAUUCGCAUUACGAAGCGUAAUUGAACUAUUGUUUUACAACAUGUUUCCGCAGAAGAUGAAGUGUGUUAAUUUUAUCCUUAACUAAAAUGCUUUGAAGACCACAGUGUUGAGUUUUGCAGAGGUUGAAGAAUGGUCCAUUCACUAGCUGUGUUAGGUGUCAGCAUACGUUGCCAUAACGUCACAUCCUGGUAAGCCCACCAACAACGAAAAUUGUAAAUUGAGGGAAAAAAACCUUAAAUCAUAAAUUGUAAUAUAUAGAAAUUGAAUAUUAUCAUACAAUAUUACAAUAUUAUUAUACAUUUUACCAUUACUGUUUAUGUGUAUGCACAGAAAAACUAAAGAAAUUCUGUGGCACUUGUUAAUCAACCGGAAGCACAUGUAAAAAUGUCAAAACUUUUUUGUUAAAACUCAUUUAACAAAAUGCAAAUCAAGCAUUUAUUAAAAAAAAAAAAGUAUACAAUUUUUUUUUUUAGAAAAUAACUUUCAUUUUUGCUUGGUAUGUCACGCUUUUGAUACCCCUUUCAGGCGAAUGACCCACAUAGGUUUAUUUCAAUACCCGCGUAGUCCUUGUGGUGCAGUUUGGUUCUUCCAUAUACUGUAUGUUACUUGUGUUGGUUGCACUGUGAGUGAGGAAGACGUUUGGUUUGGUUGGACCUGUUGGUUUGUGUGAAAGUGUGUGACUAUUCUAUUGGCCUUUCAAUUACUUGGGGUUUGUGCCAUUCGUGGGUAGUCCAUGCGAACAGAGGGGAUCUACGUACUGGAAACAGCGCUCGGUAUGAUGCAGAGAAUCACCACCACCACAAUAAUAACCACAAUAAUUGUGGUCAUGUUUCCCUUGCUUACUUGGGCAAAGUUAAGAAAGAAAAGCUGCUUGUGGUCCAUGUUCAAACCGGGAAGACGAGGCUCCUCCCCUUCUGUCUCCACCCACUUCAGAUAAGCCUGUGAACAUAAACAUCUCAUGUGUUGUAUGUACAUUUUAUAUUUUAGCGACUUAACAACCCACCUUAUAGGCUUGGCGAACCCCUCCGUUGUCUGCGAUGUUCUCACCUAAAGUGCUGAUUCCACUUACCUGUAAUCACAAAAGAACAUAAAUGCAGACAAAAACAGCACCUUAUUACUACAUGGCAUUUAAAAUUAAAUGUGGGGUUUCUUACAUUUUGUCCACCUGCUAACUUCCAGUUGAACUUGCCAUACUGUUGUACCAUGCACUGUGACUGCUCCUUAAAGUGCUCGGCAGAGUAAUUGCUCCACCAGUUCAGCAUGUUGCCAUCCUUAUCGAAAUUGCGCCCUGCAAUGAAACAUAAUCAACAUAGUAUGUGGACUAAAUGGCACACCUCAUCAUCACUUAAUUGAUCAACCAGGGUUUGGUUAGACCCCUUAAUUUCAUACAAGAGAAAAGUAGAGUACUUUGGGAAAACCAAGAGUACCCUUUAAACUGGAGUAGUGGACUAGAAUCGAAGUACCCACAGAAGACCGGAGUACUUAGAGGAUACCAGAGUCCCUGGAGCAAACUGGAGUACCCAGAGAGGACAGGUGUGCCUAAAGGAAACCAGAGUACCCAGACAAGACCGGAGUACCAGCAGAAAGCUGGAGUACAAAGUGAAGGGAAACAGGUCUACCCGCAGCACAACUGGAGUGCCUGGAGAAGUGCCGCCUGGAGAAAGCUGGAGUACCUUCAGAAAACAUGAAAACUCCAGAAAGAUAGGCCUCAAAGUUGGGUGUUCAGAGCUGUCCUAGACAGAAUAUAAACUUGCACCUUCUUGUUGUGAGGCAGCAGUGCUAACCACUUUUACUCUAUGCUAGAGGCUCCAUUGAAUGUCCAGUUCUCUAUUUGGACAAAAUAGCCACAUUUGACUGUCCCGAGUGUUACCAUUGUCAUCAAAUCCAUGCGUGAUCUCGUGUCCAAUGACCAUUCCGAUUCCACCAAAGUUUAGAGCCUGCUGCUGAUGUUUACUGAAGAAUGGUGGCUGCAGAAUGCCUGCAGGAAACACUGUACACACAAGGACAGCGCUCAUGAAUGAAACUGGAGAGCGUACUGACAAAGACGUCAUUGUUCGAAGGUCUUACCAAUCUGGUUUCUGUUGGGAGAGUAAAAUGCAUUCACCACAGCAGCACCAAUGAUCCACCUGGAAUGUUUACAAUGAAUCAAGUGUUCCGUAACACAAAAUACUUCAU